GCGCGUGUGUGUCGGGGGCGCGCGCGCUGAGGACGCUGAGGGAGGCGCGCGCUCGUGUCACAUUCUUCAGAGGAUCCGGUAAACGGCAGAAACACCGACAGACGAGCGGCGACAGACAGCAGCGGGCGAGAGAAUGCUGGCUGAAGAUGGACGUUCCUGAAUACCUGGAUCUGGAUGAGAUCGACUUCACUGAUGAUUUACCUUACAAGAGCAUUCCUGAGCUGUGCCGAAGACACGAUGGAGCGAACGACGAGAGACAAGCUCCGUCCAUCAACUGGGCUCGUAGCACAGCGUCACACGGCGGAGCGGGAAUCAAGCCCACCGGCGUCGCAGACGUCUACAGCAAGUUCAGACCGGUCAAGCGCGUGUCUCCCCUCAAACACCAGCCGCAGGAGUCGGAGCCGGAGGCCGAGGGGAAGAGCAGCAAAGAGGACAAGAGCAGAGGCCUGCCGAUGAACGGAGCUCUGUUCGGAGAGCUGGAGCACUACGACCUGGACAUGGACGAGAUCCUGGACGUGCCAUACAUCAAGUCCAGUCAGCAGACGGCCAGCCUGAAGAAGAGGAGCGCCGGCGGUAAAGGAGCGACGCUAGUGCUCUCUGAGAGCCUUCUCUCGCCCGUCAGCUGGCCCCACAUGAGGAAGUCCAAGUCUGUGGAUCAGGACUACCUCAGAGCACAGAGCGCUCACGGAUCAGAGCCGGACCUCGACAAACCUGACGGCGGCUCGGCUGCGUUCCCUCUUCAGCCGGCCAAAGGCCCGAAGCAGGACAAGCCCUGGAGAACGUUUGGAGAAGCCGACGAAGAAGCCAAGAAGACGCAGAACAUCCUGAACAUCGUGAGAGAAGGACAGAUCUCUCUGCUGCCUCACUUGGCGGCGGAGAACCUGGAGCGCAUCCGAGACGAGGACGGGAGCAACCUGCUGCAUGUGUCUGCGGCUCAGGGUCAUGCCGACUGCCUGCAGCACCUCACCUCGUUAAUGGGCGAGGACUGUCUAAACGAGCGCAACACGCAGCAGCUGACGCCCGCAGGCCUCGCCGUCAGGGUACGACACACUCACACACACCGGGUCUGCAUGCUACAGCAGGGUCUGUAUCUGGUGGUGGUGGAGACCUGCAUGUCUCUGGCGUCGCAGGUGGUCAAACUCACCAAACAGCUGCAGGAACAAACCACGGCGCGAGUCGCUCUACAGAACCAGCUUCAGCUGCUGCCGCAGACCCACGAGCUCAAAGACAGACCGCCGUCACCCAGCUCUCGUGUCGAGUCGUGGCCUGAGAUGACGCUGACGGCUGAAGCGGCUCCUGAUAACAUCCAGAGACACGUGGACUCGGACACAGUCCUGCGCAAGCUGCUGGGUAAAGAGCCGACGGAUGUGGAGGCGGAGCCAGGGGCGGGGCCUGUAGCCGGACCAAUGAGAAGGCUGGAGCCGGGCGAGAGGCGGGAUCUCAAGCUGGCGCGUCUCAAGCAGAUCAUGCAGCGCUCGCUCAGCGAAUCAGACGCGGAAGAGUCCAAACCGCCCCGACCCGAGAGGCCCACGCAGCUGCCCAUCACAGAGCACGCCGCCAAGUUCUCCUUCACACACAGGACUUCCAAAUCCGUGGACGUUUACAACCCGUCUCCGUCGCCAGACCACAGCGACCCCGAAGCCAAAACCGAGGUGACGGGAGAGCUCCCCGAAGGCCAGAAGGUCACCACGAGUCCCAAAAGCGCCCUGAAGUCGCCGUCCUCUCGCAGAAAGACCUCGCAGAACCUCAAACUGAGAGUCACGUUUGACGAGCCGCCGCGUAAAGACGGACCUUUCAAAGUCCAGCCCGGAAAAGACAAGCCGGAGUCGAGCAAGCGAGCGUUUGGGACGCUCCGCUCCAUAAUGGAAACCCUGAGCGGAAACCAGAACAGCAACAACAACAACGCUCCGAAACACGCCGGGACGUCCGGAAAGAAGAGCAAAAGCAAGACGAGCGCUGUUUAAAUCAGCAUGAUGUUACACAACAACCAUCUGCACAAGAAACUGGUGCGAAUCCAGACUAUUUAGAAACCAGGUGCUUGAUUACAUGAAUCUUUCCCACACUAUUUGCUUAAUAACACACUUUCUUACAUGCGAGUUUUGAAAUAUUCGUUUUGCAAUACUGUGAUUUUCUACAGGCCUAAUAAUCAAAACCAAGCAGAGAACGACGACCGUACAGCGAACGAACGAACGAAUGAAUCAUGUUCUUUAUUAAACGAUUCGGUGCUGCACCUUUAUUUCAUAACUCAAAUACGUUUAUAUGUCAUCUGUAUUGUUUUGAGUUAAAGUAUGGAUUUAUAAUGUUUGAAUGCAAGAAACGUUAUAUUAUUGGAAUCAUUGUAACGACAUUUGGAGAUUAAAAUAAAGACAUUUUCAGCUGAUCUAAUGCUAUCAAACGAGGA